AUGUCAUCAGGAAUCCCCAGUGCCGAUAAUGCCCGUAGAGGCUCAAAAGAUUCGGGAAAGGGAAGUAGAUUGUAUAAUACGACUUCGGGCUCUGCCCAUGCGAGUUCUGGAAGUGUGGGCACCGAGGGAUUCAGUGCGUUGGGAAUUGAAAAUACGAAUAUUCAUACGGCGACGGGGGUGGAGUUGAAUCAGAAACAGAAGGUGGUGGUGGGAAGUGUUUUGGAUCUCUUCGCAGGUCUCCCCUCCCUCGAAAAACUAUCUCUCUGGUCUGACAACGCCGUCUUCGCGGAUCAAAUCACCAAUGCCGAAGGACGCAAACAGUAUUCUGCUCAAUGGUUUGGAUUAAAAACCGUUUGUAGCAAUAUAGAACGUCUCGGGCAUGAGGUAACGAGUGCUGGAAAUCCAAUCGAGAUGGAUUUGAAGACGAAAUACGUUUUGAAGGGGGGCAUGGAACAGACUAUUGAAAGUAAGGUGAGUAUUUGGACGGAAGAACAGGGUGGAGAGGGAAAGAUUACAAAGGUCCAGGAUGCGUGGAAUGGCAAUGUGCCUAGUGAGGGAUUUUUCGUUAAGGCACUUCGAAACCUUAAUAGUGUGGUUGUACCUGCUGUUGUUAGUGUACCAAAGAAUGAUGGAGGAAAGGCUUAG